UGAUUAUGGAGAGGUUCCAAUAACAGAUUUUUAUAUUUUUCUAUAGUUUUUUAUUUACUAGGGAUUUAUUUAUUGUGAAUUAGAUAUUUAGAGUGGUAUCGAACAUUCUUAGAUCUUUUUUCUCAGGUUUAUUGUAAAUCAAAUGUUAACUGUGAAAUUAUUGUGAUAUAGAUCUAAGUUACAUUAAUAUUUCUGCUUCACAAAAUAUAUGGAAAACCAACAUGCAUAUUAUUAAUCUAGUAACAGAACUCAGUAUCAAUCAUUUUUAUAAGUAUGUUCUGUGCUUUUAAAUAACUUGCAAGAUGACUUCGAAAGGCCCAGGGCUUUAUGAAUUUCUUAUUGAAGCUGAACUCCAGCAAUAUUUUGCUGGAUUCAAAAACGAUUUGAAAGUUCAGAAUGUUGCCCAAUUGAAGUAUGUAUGUGAUGAAGAUCUUCAACAACUUGGUAUGUCAAAACCAGAGAUGAGGAGAUUAAAGAAGUAUUUCCAAAAACAUUUCCCACAAACUUAUCUUUCAAAGUUUAAGAAGAUGAUAAUGCCACGUAAAGAAGAGGCCUGGGAAGCCAAUUUACCUAGUGAAGUUCCAGAAAGACCUCCAGUUAGAGUGCCAAACAAACAUAUUAUUCCUGCUGACUCUAUUAUUGUCAAUAAAGAAUUGGGUACUGGAGAAUUUGGUGUUGUUCAGCAAGGGGUGUGGACUAAUGACGGAGAAAGGAUUCAAGUUGCUAUAAAAUGCCUUUCUAGAGAAAGAAUGCAAAAUAAUCCCAUCGAAUUCUUAAAAGAGGCAGCUAUAAUGCACGCUAUUGACCACGAGCAUAUUGUUCGGCUUUAUGGUGUAGUGUUAGAUACAAAUGCUCUCAUGCUGGUUACAGAAUUAGCUGCUCUUCGCUCAUUACUUGAAUGUUUGAAAGAACCAUCAUUGAGAUCAAGUUUUCCAGUACUCUCCCUCUGCCACUUUGCAAUACAGAUUUGUGAUGGAAUGCAAUAUUUGGAGGCUAAAAGACUGAUUCAUAGGGAUUUGGCUGCCAGAAAUAUAUUAGUGUUUUCUAAAAAUAAAGUAAAAAUAUCUGAUUUUGGUCUAUCUCGUGCCCUAGGCGUUGGAAAAGAUUAUUAUCAAACAAAUUUUAAUGUCAAUUUAAAAUUGCCUAUUGCUUGGUGUGCCCCUGAAUGCAUUACUUAUUUGAAGUUUACAACAGCUUCAGAUGUUUGGGCAUAUGCAGUAACAUUGUGGGAAAUGUUUUCUUAUGGUUUUCAGCCAUGGGCUGCGCUCACUGGGCAGCAGAUAUUAGAUGCAGUUGAUGAGCCUGACCCCCAAAGGCUGGAAAGGCCAGAGUGCUGCCCAAAAGAAUAUUACAGCCUCAUGUUAAAGUGUUGGCAUCAUGACCCUAAUAAAAGACCAAAGUUUUGUGAAAUCAUGAAGCAGCUGCCUGAUUGUAAACCAGAGCAAGUGCAAGCUAUUCAAGAUUCAGGAGAUGAUAGACUGAAAAGAGACCAUUUAGUCUUCCGUAUUGGUGAUAUUAUUACUGUUCUUGACAAAAGUCCAUUACAAGGAAGUGCAUUAUGGAAAGGAGUUUUAAAUAGUGGCAAAACAGGUCUAUUUAAUCCUGCCCUAACAGUAGCUUACCUGGGUUCUAAUUUGCCUUCAAAUAAGCCAUCAGAAUUCGUUAGAGGAGAUGGAAAAAAUGCUUACUCUUCAAAAAGAAAUAGAUUAAAACCUGAAAUGAUCUCGGGCCCUCAGGGUGAUAUGAAGCAUACAGGCCAUGUGGGCCUUGAUGGAGCUUAUUUUGGAGAUAUCUCAUUUCUCGGAGGAACUAAAAAGUAUGAGCACGUACCUAAACAGGUAGUAGCACCGUAUAAACCAGGGACAGAUUCGGAAGAUACGGGUAGUAUUUCUACUGAUAGAGCCCCACUACUCAGCAACAUCACUCAUAGCAAUGGUUUGGGAUCGGAUUGGAAUUGUGGAAAAGAAUUAUCAGAUCAUGAAUAUCAUGAAAUUACUGACGAUGAAGCUGUCGACAGUCCCACAUUCCAGUUUGAUUUUGGACCGAGCCUUUUGGACGAGAUGGAUGCUGCCUUCCGAGACUACAAGUCUCCUCCUAGGCCAUCUUCACCUACUGCACAUUCACCACCUCCAGCUAAUGAUGAAGUUAUCAAUCGUAGAAAUGAAAUACAAGAAGCUGCCAAUAAAGGGAAAAAGAAACUGGCUACGGUUAAACCAAUUUCUUCCUCUGAUGAAAAAACAUUAGACACUGCUAUUGCACUUACUUAUGAGCUGGCAAACAAAUGUAUGGUUCAGCAAGGUGAAGUUAGUCCUGCUAAAAAUAAAUUAUCUUUCAAAUUUCCUUCCAGUUCUAACACUCUUCCAGCUCCAUCGAAACACCCUCAAACACGUACUGAAGGAAGGACAUUUUCAGAUGAAGCUCAAUCUAUACCUGAUGUGCAGGGCUCAUUGAGCAGUGAAGCAAAAGCGGUUUAUUCUCUUCUCGUCGAACAGCCUGUGGAAGCCAAUCCUCUCCGAAUUCUUAGGAAUGCUCCUCUUGUUCGACCCAAAGUUAGAGGCAAUAAACAUCAUGUUAGGAGCAAUACUAUCGGGUCUGUCGGAUGCCUAAAUGAAAGAAAAUUAUCUCUUCCUGAUGCUCCAUCAUACAGUGAAAAUGAAGAAGAGCAUGUUCCUGAUAAAGGAAAUGCUAUACCUUUACCGCCUAGAGACUUAGCCAGGACUCGGACGUUGUUAGCUGGGAAACCACGCCAUGAAAGGAAGCAUCCGCUUAUUAUUCCUACUUCAUCUAUUGCCCAUUCCAUUGCUCUUACUCAGAGCAAUCCUGAACCCACUUAUCUUGGAUUAGAGGAUGACCCACCACCUGAAAAGGAAGCAGUGGUCACAGAUAAACCAGUUGCUCCGAAAGAGGGUGAAGAUGGUUUUGAUGAACAAAUAGCUAAUGAGAUAGAUCUGCUCGACGACCUCGGGGAAGACCUUUCUACUCAUGUCUGAUCAUUGAGUAAAAGAUGAAUGAGUCAUUUUUGUAGAAUAUUGCAUUUUAAUUGUUUUUAUUUAGAAGGUUUUUAAAAAUAGACAUAAGCCUUAACUGUGUUGCAUAGAUACUAUUUUAGCAGCAUAUAUCUAGUUGAUUCUUAUAAUCAUGUUUUAGGAAUUUGAGCUUUGAUUUUUGAAGUCUUCUUCUCUGAGGAGACAUAACCUAGCAUUUAUUUUCUUAUUUAAAAUUCCAGAAUGCCCAAUAGUUUCCAACUAAAUGUUAAGCACAUUUAUGUAUAAUUUUUGUGUUAUCAUAGUCCAAUUUAUCUUUUCUAUAUCAACAGAACAUGGUUUUGUG